AUGCAACCUGGAUUCCAAAUGCCGAAAACCAGAAGCGGCAAACAUUACGAAGUUACAAAGUAUGAGCCAGACGAUUCGCUUAACGAGAACGGAUUGUCCGACAAGAUCAUUUCCCUCACUCGCUGCAUUGAGACUCGAAGCGGCAAGCACCACGAAAGACCUAAGAGACACAUGGAUGAGACCGAAAUGGCGACGGAAGAGGGACUUAUGAUUAACGGAGAGCCUCUUCUUGCCGGAACUGAGGCCUUUGAGAUCCUCUAUAUCUUCGACAGGGGCGGAGACAGAAAUAGUAUGCGAACACUAGGCCAAAGGUGGCCAAGGCCGGAAAGGCUACAGCGCAUCAACGUCCGUUCCCUCAGAACGGUCGAAGUCUCGCUCAAAGAUGGCCGAGAUAUCAUAAUCCAAUUCCGAAUCGAACCUUUGGACACUGAGCCCUUCACACGUGCUCGUAGUCUUCUUGGCGAAAAGGUGCCUAUCAUCGAGCCCAUUGACGACCCAAACUUGGUGGAAGCGGGUAUAUGGCCAUUCUACAUGACGCGCAUUCCAGGGAAGACUUGGUUAGAGUACGAAAACGAGUGGGGCGAUACACAGCGCAUCAAAUGUGCUAAGUCCCUGGGCAGUCUUUUUGCUCGUUGUUUUAGCCCUGGCAAUAGUAGCGACGUGGUUAAUGAUGUUAUUAUCCCGAACCUUCGAAAGCUUCGGGCAUUAGAGAGAGAUGAUGUGAAAUCAUUUCUUCCAUUUAUCGACAGGUUAAUUGAGGAUGCGCCAGCUCUCAAGACACUUCCUCUUUUCCUAGGCCACCUCGACUUGAACGAAAUGAAUAUCCUGGUUGGAGAAAGUGGGGAGAUAACGGGUGUUGUUGAUUGGGAGUUAUCUCCGCACCCGCAGCCUUUUGGUAUUGCUUGCUACUGCAUUCAGUUCCUAGCUGGGGAGAUUGUCGAUAAGGUAUUUCGCGAGAGGCCUGCAUUCGAAGCUAUGGAUCGAGGGUUCUGGGAAGGGCUUAUAGAGAAUACACCGAAGAGCAUUCGAGCGGUUUUAAACUCGAACUUGCAGGCAGUGCAAACAAGCGUUAUGAUUGGAACACUCUUCAAGGUCAUGUCGAUUGAGGGAGACCAGGUCUUCAUCAGUGAGGUCACACUCAAGGCACUACCUAAGCUCAUCCGCUAUCAAAUACCUGCGCUCAGAGGCUCCAGCAAAGCGUACAUCGAUGAUACAGUUGAUGGCACACGACGGGACCCUCCUCGAAACGCGCGUGCGCAAAGUCAACGGCCCUAG